AUGUCUUGCUCCAAACCACAAGAACACCAAUGCUUCAUCUGCUUCGAAACUCCCGCCGAAGUAUGGUUGGUGCAGACGAAAAUGGAGCUUCUUCUACUCCUCACCAUGGCUUGCUUCAAGUACCACAUCACUACCCAAUACGCCUGCAACCAAAUGUAUCGGAGAAAUCACACUUACUGCCCACACCACAUUUUCGAGGCUGCAACUGAGCUGGUGGAAAUUGUUGAGCUCGGAGCCAAAGGUCAAAUGAGCACGAUGGGAGUUCGGAUCGUGGAGAUCAUGGCUGGAAAUGUGCUGGGAGGAGACGUGAAGCCAGGAACGCUGGAUAAGGCAAUCCACACCUUCUUGAGGAACUUCCGAACCCCAUACGACGAUUUCGUCUGUGACAGCUAUGAGGAUUGUGAGCUGAUUCACACGCCAACUCAUCGUUGUCUUCAAUGUGGAGAAGACAAUGUGACGACAUCCACCACAUUCUUCUCAAGGCCCCACAACAAGAGAGCAUUCGCAGUGUUCGCUGGACCAAGCCAUGCCAAGUUGAUGAGUACUGCACAGAUACGUGCAGCGGUGGCAAUCCCAUCAAUUACCCUGUGUACCCAUCACUUGGAGGGUCAUGCUUGGACGAUGAAGCAGUUGGAAGUCAUGCUGUUGGAUGAGGAGUUCGAGGAAAAGUUCUUAAAUGAACUCAAGGAAAUCUUCAUUGAUGACAAAGGAUGGUUCAACACCAUGAAAACGGUCUACUGUUGUUUGACCACCAAUUUGCCAAAAAGGAUGCUCCUCAACCCGGUCUGCAAAAUUUGCAAAGAGGAUAAAAGCCGCAGCUGCAUCCAACACGACCAGCUUCUGGGAUUUGCGGCGCAUUGGUUCUGCUUCGAGAAGAUCGCCAUCGACAUCCAGUGGGAUCUCAAACGGACAGUUCUGGAGGAUAACCACUACAAGAUCAAGGUUCCAGAACUGGAAGAAUUCGAGAAGUGGGAUGGAUACGAGCUUUCCCAACUUUUGAAUGUCUGGAGAUCAUACUUCGGACAUCAACACAGAAGAAGCGAGUCUGAGGAGAGGGUCAGAGUGUUGUUGUUCCUGGCAAAAUACUGGAGAUUCAAUCUGAAGGAUCGAAUCAAGGAGGAGUUGAUCAGAUUGGGCGAAAUUGUGGAUGGUGCGGCGGUUGAGGCCACACCAAAGACUCCGAGUUACGUAUCGAAGACUCCAAGUUACUACUAG